GUUGAAAUAGACUCGGAGCACUCAUCGGACAUUGAAAUCAUCAACGAAACAAACACAUAUCUAUCGGAAAACGCCACGAACCGCAACUCCACGGAUAAAAGGUUCAAUGAGUCAGUAUGCCCCAUUUGCUUUGAUUCGUUUGACCAGGCUGUUAUCUCGUCAUGUGGACACUUGUUCUGUGCUGACUGUUUGUUUCAAUCAUUGGACAAUUCCAGCCAAGGGCGUGCUGACAGAGGGGCGUGUCCACUCUGUCGCAAGCUGAUUGCGUAUAAGGACAUCCAGUACUUACGAUUCAAGGUU